CAGCACGCUGCCGUGGCAUUUUAUUGGUUGGCGUAUAUCUAAUUGACUGUGUACGCUAUAUAAUCCUUCUCUGAUGCCAAACGGCGCGAAUACUCUAACGGAACCUAUAACCGACAUGUCGCCGAGCUCAAGUGCAGCAGUCUCCGUAACCUCGCCGGAGGACUCUUUCCGGCCGUCGGAAGUGAUGAUUACAAUAGACUAUAGCAACUCCUCCACGUCUUCAUCAUCUCCAAUGACUCAGUCCUUUCCUUUCUCAUCUGGAAACCCUAGAAUAGAAGAGACACGCGGCGUCAUGCACCUCUUCUCCAGUGACGGGAUUUCCGGUCUUCCCGCUGGAAGGAAACCUUCUCUGUCUGUUCUUGGGGUGCCAAAUCACAUGACUUAUGCAGAUUUCUGCCAGUUUUGCGCCUCUUUUCUUCACCACAUAUUGGAGAUGCGAAUAGUUAGGAAUGAUGGGAUGGAGGAUCAAUAUAGCAUCCUGAUACAAUUUGAAAACCAGGACUCUACAGAUAGAUUCUUUCAACACUUCAAUGGUAGACAAUUUAAUUCUUUGGAGGAAGACGUUUGCCGUGUGCUUUUUAUAGUUGAUGUACAGUUCACUGGUUAUAGUGGUUCGCUUGAAACUCAACCAUCCCCAACAAGCACAACUGAGCAGCCUUCAUGUCCAGUUUGUCUUGAGAAAUUAGACCAAGACAUGGGCGGAAUUCUGACUACUAUCUGCAACCAUUCUUUUCACUGCUCAUGCAUUUCAAAAUGGGAAGAUUCUUCUUGUCCAGUUUGCCGAUAUUGCCAGCAACAACCUGAAAAAUCAAUCUGUUUUGUAUGUCAAACUUCUGAGAAUUUAUGGCUAUGUGUUAUCUGUGGUUUUGUUGGCUGUGGAAGGUACAAAGCAGGACAUGCCACAAGACAUUGGAAAGAAACACAACAUUGUUAUUCACUUGAAUUGGAAACACAGCGAGUUUGGGAUUAUGUUGGUGAUAACUAUGUUCACCGACUGAUUCAAUCAAAAACUGAUGGAAAAUUAGUUGAAUUAAAUUCCCACUGUGUGCAUGCUAAUGAUGGUUGUGGAAGUUGUGACUGUGUAAACUCUGGAAUUAGUGAUGCUCUUCUAAACAGCAAAGUUGAAGCGAUUGUUAAUGAAUACAAUGAGCUCUUAGCCACCCAACUUGAGAACCAAAAACUAUAUUUUGAGAAUUUGCUUCAAGAAGCCAGAGAGGAAACAGAAAGGGAAAUUUCUGAAGCAAUUAAAAAGGCUCUUGCACAAAAGUCACAGAAGUUGCAGGCUAAGCUAGACAGGUGUCUCAAAGAGAAGAAAUUUCUUGAUGAACUCAAUGAGAAUCUUUUGAAAAAUCAGGAGAUAUGGACAGCAAAGAUAUUAGAGAUUGAGGAGAGGGAGAAAAAAGCUCUGAAAGUGAAAGAUGAUAAAAUUCAUGAGCUAGAAGAACAGCUUAGAGACUUAAUGGUGUACCUAGAAGCUGGAAGAACAAUGGAGCAGGUGUCAAUUUCAAAUGAAAUUAAGGAUGGAACCGUCUUGCCAAUAUCCGUGGAGUCUUCUUCAGGGGCCAAAACCAAAGGUGCAAGAAAAGCUAAUAACCGUAGGAAAAGCUGACUUGGAAGCUCACUUGGUUCAAGAAUGUGCAUAUUUUCAUUCAUUUCAAGUCUUUUUCUUUUUUUGAGGGCAAUGGGUUAUUCAUAGUAUCCCAUGCUCUUCUGUCUGGAUUUAGUAGUCUGCUACAUUUAUCAUAAUUAGUGUAGCAAAAUUGCAUGGAUCAGGAGUUCUGUUUCCCCUAGUUUCCGUGGUCGGCCUGAAUCCAGGAUUUCUAGAGAAUUGUAGCUGACAGAUGUACAUACUCUGAUUGUGUUUUUAAAUGGAAUUAAAGAAAAAUGAUAGGUGUAAUCAUAUACUGAAUAGUGUAUUUAUUGGCGAUGCCAUUGGGGUUUAGCUGAGGUUAGUAGAC